AUGGAUCCAAGCCUGGAGGACUUCAAGCUGCGGAAAGAUCCUAUCAAGAUGCCCAAAGGGGCCAAAGUUGAGAUACUGCCCCGAUCAGCACCGGCAAGGUUCUACCUUCCCUUGAAUAUAGCCUUCUACCUAUGCUUCGCGUCGCAUCUUCUAGCAGCUCUUUAUGCUCCAAUACAGGAUUGCGAUGAGACCUUCAACUAUUGGGAACCUCUGCACUACCUUACCCACGGCUACGGACUUCAAACAUGGGAGUAUUCUCCAGAAUUUAGUAUUCGAAGCUGGGCAUACAUCGCUAUCCAUGCCCUCCCGGUCAAACUUGCCAAAAUGUUGGGGCAAUCAAAGAUGUUCGAAUUUUACGCUUUGCGGGUCUUGUUGGCCUUUAUUUGUGCGGCCACUGAGAUUCGUCUAUAUUCGGCCAUAUCGCGAUGCCUCAAUCCAAGGAUUGGAGUCAUUUAUCUCAUGAUCGUUGCCUUCAGUCCUGGUGUUUUUGGUGCUUCGUCUGCAUUCCUGCCAUCCAGUUUCGCCAUGUACACAUCCGCUCUCGGAAUGGCAUCUUUCAUGGACCGGCGCGGUGGUUCCAAAACAACAACUGGCAUCAUGUGGUUCGGGAUCGGUGCCCUGCUAGGCUGGCCGUUUUCGGGAGCCCUCAUUAUUCCGUUCGUCGUCGAAGACGGGAUGAUUGCAUCGGUGGGCCAAGGCGAUCUCUUCGAAACAUUCCGACGAUACCUUGAUGGUUUUGUACGCUGCUUGAUCGUUCUGGCAUUACAAGUCAGCCUCGAUAGCUUUUUCUACCAUAAGUUCACUCUUGUCCCCUGGCGUAUUGUGGCCUACAACGUUUUCGGUGGCAAGGAUCGUGGUCCAGACAUAUUUGGAACAGAACCUUGGGAUUAUUAUGCUCGGAAUUUGCUUCUCAACUUCAAUCUGUGGUUUGUUCUGGCGGUCAUCUCGGGGCCUCUCUUCCUCUUCCAGUCAGUCAUCUUGGGACGGCACACCACGAAUCUCAGGACCCUUACAGUCCUCUUGCCAUUCUACUUAUGGCUCGCUAUUUUCACCGUUCAGCCUCACAAGGAGGAGAGGUUCAUGUUCCCUGUCUAUCCUUUCCUUGCCUUGAACGCCGCCAUUGCUUUUCAUUCGGUUUUGGUCUGGAUUGGUUCGACGGAUUCGAUCGUUUUGGGUAGAGUUCCGGCUAAGAUCAAGCUGGCGGCCACUUUGCCAGUGGCAUUCCUUGCCAUAAAUAUUGGCUUGCUGCGUAUCUUUGGGACGGUUACCGCAUAUCGGGCACCACUCCAAAUAUAUGAGGCUCUUGAAGUCUCCAAUUCCACCCCGAGCGUGGAUACGGUUUGUUUUGGCAAGGAUUGGUAUCGCUUUCCUUCGUCAUAUUUCCUCCCCAACAACAUCCAUGCCAAAUUUGUCAAGAGCGCGUUUGAUGGUCUACUUCCGGGUGAAUUUCUAGAGGCAAAGACGAGGUUUGACUUCUUUCCCGGCACGCGGUCGGUGCCUUCCGGAAUGAAUGACCGAAAUCAAGAAGACCCAGGGAAAUACAUCGACAUCAACCACUGCACGUACCUAGUCGAUUCGUACAUGCGCGGCAUGGAAGCGACCGAACAUGAACCACUCUAUGUUCUGGAUGACAAGUGGGAGAAAAUCUCUUGCGCCCCAUUCCUGGAUUCUGCAGAAACUGGGUGGGUCUCCAGGACAAUUUGGAUCCCUGACCUUCCGUUCAUUCCUCCAAAAUACCGUCGAAAUUGGGGAGAACAUUGUCUUUUACGCCGGAGUCAGGCCUGGGACAAAAUAUCAGGAGACGUGAACUUACCAGGCCAACACGAGGACGAUGGAAGGUUGUAA